AAAGAGAAAAUAUGCAUAGAUAGAGAGGAUUUGAUUCGGCGCGUGUUGGGAUAAUCCAAUAUAAUCUAGAGGGUGCAGAGUAGAGUAAAAAAGAUAAAGAUGAUCGAUAUGAAAUUGAUGAUGAUGUUGCUGAUGUGGGGCUCUGAAUCCCAAGGCCGAUUACUGUCUAUCCCAACAAAACCUAACCCAGAUGAUGCUCCUGCCUCUGCUCGUUGGCUCGUCUCCCUCAAUUUCUGGGGAGUCUUGAAUACUAUCUCAUCUGAUUUGGGUGGAGCUCCCUUUGGGAAUGUGGUAUCAUAUAGUGAUGGACUACCUAACGAAAGCACUGGAAUCCCAUACUUUUACUUGACAACUCUAGACCCGACAGCAAGAAAUGCACUGCAAGAUGAUAAAGCUUCAUUCACGGUCAGUGAAUACCCUCUUGGGACCUGUGGCAGGAGAGACCCAAUGAACCCUACUUGUUCCAAAAUUUCUCUAACUGGAAAGCUGAAAUUGGUUGAUGAAAAGUCCAAGGAAGCCGAAUUUGCUCGAAAUGCCUUGUUUUCCAAGCAUCCAGAGAUGAAAGACUGGCCUGAGGAUCACAACUUUCAAGUCUUCAAAUUAGAAAUUGAAAAUAUAUUUCUAAUUAAUUGGUUUGGUGGUCCCAAACCACUCACAGUGGAACAGUACUUACAUCCCAAAGUGAACAAUGUUGGCCUCAUUCUCUGAAUGCUCUUUGAAUUGCUACUCCUUUUGUGGGCUGUAAAUGUACACAUAGUGUGUUCUUGGAGAAAUUGUAAAUAGAUGUAUACCGUGUUUCAAAUUGUGUAUUCCUUCCAAGAUACCCUUCGACCAUGGUUAUUUAUUCCCGUAUAUGUUUGAAAUCUGUAUGUUUAUGAUAUGUAACUAUACACACUGAUCUCGGGUUCUUGCCCACUGUGGGUAUAUGUAUGAAACGAUAGCAACCAUUAAGUGAAAUAAAAGGUAACAGAGAGCAUUAAUUGAUUGCAUGCA